ACCUGGUACAGGGUGAAAAGCGUCGAAAGCAUCUUUGAGAUAUUCAAAACCAUAGAGGAUGAACCGUACAUGCUGGUUGCGGGGAAUACCGCCCACGGCGUUUACCGUCGAAGGGAGGAUCUUAAGGUGUUCAUCGAUGUAAGCUCGGUAGCGGAGCUGCAGCAAUGCAAGAUUGAAGCGGAAGUGAUCGUUGGAGCUAACGUUACGCUCGAUGAGUUUAUCAAAAUCUUGGAAGAAGCGGCAGCGAAGAACGGAGGACAUCAAUAUUUGAGUCACUUUGUGAAACAUCUUGAGCUGGUAGCAAACACUGCAGUGCGGAAUGCUGGCACGAUUGCGGGGAAUUUGAUGAUCAAGCAUCAACAUCCGGAAUUUCCGUCGGAUGUUUUCCUUCUGCUUGAAACUGUGGGGGCUACUUUGAGUAUUCGAAUGGAUGAGCUUCGGAUCGAUGUAUCUCCGCUGGAGUUUCUCAACCUGGACAUGUCCAAAGCUGUACUACUAGCCGUCACUCUUCCAUCACUGGAUCCAACCCUCUACCGAUUCAGAUCGUUCAAAGUGAUGCCCGUUAGUCGGAACAACCAGGCGUACGUCAAUGCCGGAUUCUUGAUCAAAUCUCGCCGAUCAGACGAGAUCGUCGAAUGUGCAUCGAUCUGCUUUGGUGGAAUAAAUCCAGUCUUUGUCCACGCUUCUAGCACGGAAUACUUUCUCGUGGGAAGACCCUUGCUCACGAAUGAAACGCUUCAAGGAGCGCUUCAGACACUGGCUACCGAGCUGGAGCCAGACUGGGUUCUACCGGAUGCCUCACCAAACUACCGCCGAAGGCUGGCCCUGUCUUUGUACUACAAGUUCAUGCUCGGAGCAGCUUCCGAGAGUUCGGUUGGAGCUGUAAGCACGCGGUACACGAGUGGAAGCACGAUGCUGGAACGUCCCCUGUCGUCCGGCAAGCAGAACUACGACACCUAUCCGACCAAGUGGCCGCUAACGCAAUAUCUGCCCAAGCUGGAUGGAAUCCUGCAAGCUUCGGGCGAAGCCGAAUACAUCAACGAUAUGCCGAGGCUGCCGAACGAGCUGUACGCUGCGUUUGUGCUGGCGUCGGUACCAAUGUCACGGAUCGUGCAGAUCGACGCUUCAGCGGCUCUGCAAAUGGAAGGAGUCCGGGCGUUCUACUCGGCGCAGAAUAUUCCCGGGAUCAACAACUUUAUGUCACACGACUUGGGAUACGUCGAGGGCGAGGAAAUACUGUGCAGUGGAGAAGUGCUGUUCCAUGGUCAACCGCUGGGAAUAGUGGUGGCUACAUCGAUCGAGCUUGCCAACCGAGCAACUGAGCUGGUGGAAGUGUGCUACGAAGCUUUGGCAAAUUCCCCAAUUCUUACAUCGGCAAGGGAUGUCAUCGAAAGCGGAGCGUACAACCGUGUGUCCAAUCAAAACUUCGAUCGCCAUGGAUCUCAGUACGAUUCAGCCCACGAGGGUCCGAUCAAGAUUCAAGGUUGCAUGGAACUCAACGGACAAUACCACUACACGAUGGAAACGCAGACCUGCUUCUGCGUCCCGGUGGAAGAUGGCUUAGACGUUUACUGCGCUUCGCACCACACAAAGCACGCCCUGGCAGCCAUAUCGCAAGCACUGAACGUCCAGGAGAACAGUGUGAAUGUCAAGGUACGUCGUGUCGGAGGAGCCUUCGGGGCAAAGUCAACGCGAGCAUCGCAGAUUGCAGCCGCUUGUGCACUAGCCGCCCAGCUGACGCGACGACCUGUCCGAAUGGUGCUACCAAUGGAAACCAACAUGUCCGCCAUCGGCAAAAGACAGGGAGUGUUCAGCGAGUACGAGGUCGAUGUGGAUAAAAGUGGGAAGAUCAACCGGUUAAAUCAUACGUACACGCACGAUUCCGGAGCGGUGAUCAACGAAAGGCUAGCGUUCAUGACAAGCGAUAUGUUCAAGAACUGCUACCGAACUGAUCGCUGGAAUCUGGUGGGGAACAUCGCCCGUACCGACGUCUGCUCUAACACCAUCUGCCGUGCGCCUGGUACCUCGGAAGGCAUUUCGAUGAUCGAGAACAUCAUGGAGCACAUUGCGCACGUAACCCGGAAGGAUCCGCUGGAGGUGCGGCUGCUGAACAUGAACAAGGAGAACAAAAUGUACACACUUUUGCCGGAAUUCCGCAAAAAUGUAGAGUUUGAUGAUCGCCGCAAAGCGAUCGAUCUGUUCAACAGACAUAACCGCUGGCGAAAACGUGGCAUCGCGAUCAUUCCCAUGGAGUACCCAAUGGAAUACUCCGGCACACUGAACGCAAUGGUUUCGAUUUACUACAAAGACGCUACAGUCGCGAUCACGCACGGUGGGAUCGAGAUGGGACAGGGUGUCAACACCAAGGUCGUUCAGGUCGCUUCGCACAUUCUGGGCGUGCCUAUAAGCAAGAUCGUCGUUAAACCCAACACGAGCUUGACGUCGCCCAACUGCGCAGCAUCAGUACACAGCAGAACCAGCGAAACGGCUGCGUUUGCUGUUCAAAGAUGUUGCGAAACGCUCGUGGAGCGAUUCCUCCCGUACAAAAAGAACAACCCGCAAGGAUCGUGGGAGGAGAUCGUCGGUCAAGCCUACCUCGCGAACGAGGAUCUAGCGGCAACCUACAACUACCAACCAACCGACCUCCAAGCGUACGUCAUCUGGGGACUGGCUUGCGCCGAAGUGGAAGUGGACAUUCUAACCGGGAACGUGCAGGUAUCCCGGGUUGACAUCCUCGAAGACGUCGGCGAAAGCAUGAAUCCGGCCGUCGAUGUAGGGCAAGUGGAGGGGGCCUUCAUCAUGGGUCUCGGGCAUUACCUCACGGAAGCAUUGACAUUUGACCCGUCUAACGGUGCGCUGACAAACAAUCGAUCGUGGAACUACAAGGUGCCGGGCGCCCACGACAUCCCCGUUGAUUUCCGGGUGCAAUUUCUGAGAAACAGUUCAAACCCGCACGGAGUGUUGAGAUCGAAAGCGGUCGCGGAACCUGCGCUCAGUAUGAGUCCUGUACUGAUGUACGCGCUGAGAUACGCCCUGAGGUCGGCGCGGCUGGACGGUGGCUAUCCGGAUGAGUGGAUCCAUCUUGGGACGGGAAACACACCGGAGCGGAUAUUCAUGCUGGCGGGGAACUCGAUCGAUCAGUUUAAGCUAUAUUAG